AUGGAUUCUAAUGGUUAUGGACAUGACGAGCUUCCAAUGCAAAGACCACAAAGACACAAUAUCCCACUCGAACCGGAGAACUCUUUUACGAACAUAACCAACCCGCAACAAAUCAAGCUUCUCGACACUUUGACUCGGCUACAGAAGCUACAAAUCGACAAACUAGAAGGCUUUGACCUUCCGCAAAUCAUCGUAUGCGGAGUACAAUCGUCCGGCAAAAGCUCUGUUCUGGAAGCCAUCACAGGAAUUCCAUUUCCUAGAAAAGGAAACACUUGCACAAGAUUCAUCACCAAAGUCACGCUCAAGCCGAGCGAAGAAGCUUCUGUCAGAGUCACUAUUGAACCUGGAAUUGGUUCGAAAACCAGAAGCUACGAAAAUGACUUUCCUCCCAUCACAAAUCUACAUAACUUGCCCAGAGACCUUCAAAACCACUUCACCACCGCCGAAAAGCUAAUUCUUGGAGGUCGAAAAACAAACGAGUUCUCGAAAGAUGUUCUAUGCAUUACUAUAACUGGAAAAGGCCGACCAAUUCUGCAGAUUCUUGAUCUGCCAGGCUUGAUUGAAGUGGAACUAGACGACGAUAUUAGAAACAAAGAUCUUGUACGAGAAAUGGUGGCACGCGAAAUGAGAAAGCCAAACUCCACUAUCCUUGCGGUAGUGGCUGCGAAUGUCGAUGUACAAACACAAACGAUAUUUGGACUAUGUGCCGAAACAGAUCGUUCUGGAGAUCGAACUAUCGGCAUCGUCACCCAACCUGACGUCUCUCCCGAACGAGCUCCUAUGUAUGUAGAUCUUGCAAUAGGAAAAACAUCAAUCGGAAAGUACAAGUAUCCAUGGCAUGUUCUCAAAAACCGAAGUGCAAAAGAACUCGAAGCACGAACUGACAUGCGAUCGCGCAACGACGAGGAAAAAAGAUACCUCGACGAGCAUCCAUGGAAUCAAAUUCCGCAAGAAAACCGAGGUAUAGAAGCUUUACGCAAAAGACUGAGCGAGCGACUUUUCGGAGAAGCGAUCAAAGUGUUUCCAGAACUUGCCACACAAGCAACGACGAAGCUUUCGGGGUUCCAAAGAGACUUGAAGGCUUUGGGUGGUGAAAAUCGUACAACGGCGGAGAUGGAAAGCAUUUUCCGAACCGCAACGAAAAGUCUCAGUAAACUCACCGAAGCGUACUCGAAAGGUCGAUAUGAAUACAAAACCAUUGAUUUCGAGUCUUCUCAUGCCAUCUAUCUCCGCGCGAGAAUCGUCGACCAGAGCGAGCUCUUUUACCACCGCAUCAUGACUGAAGGACAUACAUGGAGUAGUCAUAUCGACAUCUCCGCCAUCGACCCCGAUUCCGAUUUUGAAUUGAGCCAAAGCAACUCCCUAAAAGCCACAAUGAAUAAACGAAAACCUGAGGUCAUGACCCGCGAAGCCGAGAUCGAACUCGCCAAAAAGCACCUCCGCGAGAAACGAGGCAACGAGUUCCCUUUAACAUGGGAUCCCCACCACAUAAACGAGUUCUUCUGGAAGCUAUCUCGUGAAUGGGAUGGUAUAGCCAGCGAACACAUCGCCAAAGUACACACCCACUGCGAGUCCUACUUCCACCACGCAACACACCUCUCCUUCCGGCCCUCCGCCUCCAAAGACCCCAAACCCACAUUCACAAACCACGCAGACGUCGCAACGCGCUACUUCACACUCAGCAAGACCCACCUCAAACAUCGACAAGACGACGCGGAGCGCGAGCUCGAGAAGAUCGAGUCUGAUCGGCAGGGCCUGCAGACGAAUUUCAACCGCGCGUACAAAGUGCAGUAUCGGCAGCAGAAGAACGAGCGGAACAUGCAGAAGGCGGUGGGCGCGUUUGUCAGGAAUAUGGAUCCGGCGGAGACGAAUCCGAAUACGUUUGCCGAGCAUCAGGGACGGCAGACGUUGGAGGAUCAGGUGACGGAGGUUGCGGAGGACUUUUUGAGGGCGGCGUGGAUUCAUUAUAAGAUUAUGAGGGAUGGAUAUAUUGCGAAUGUGAUUACGCAGGUUAUUGAGAGGCACUUUUUGCAGGAUAUUUCGGAUGUGCCGCCUGAGAGGGAGGCGAUGGAUGAGAGGGCUUUCAAGGCGUUGGUUGAGGAGGAUAGAGGGCUUGAGAUGCAGAAAGCGGAGUUGAAGGAUAAGAUUGAUACUUUGGAGGAGUGUUUGGAGAUUUUGGAACCUUAUAGAUAG